GCCAAGGAGGAGGCCAUCUCCCAGCAGCACAUCCACAGAGGUUGGUCCAUGCUCAGCAACCCCAGGGGCUGGACCCUGUACAUGUCCAGAGGCAGACAGCCCAAGGAGGUAUGGUCCCAAACAUGGAACCACAACAAAUGUAUGAGGGGUGGGAUGCCCCAGAGGUGACAGUGAAGGUGAGGCCUCAGAAGCUGAACCAGGGGUGGGAGGCCCCAGAGGUGACAGUGCAAGUGCAGCCUCAGAAGCUGAGCCCAAGGUGGGAGAUGCCGGAGGUGACUGUGCAAGUGCAGUUACAGCAGAGGGUCCAAGGACCACCUCUCCCACAGGUAACUGUGCAGGUACAGCCACAGGUCCAGGGACAACGAAUGUCUGGUGUCAAGGUCACUGUACAGAUGCGCUCAGGCUGUGAGCCAGAAGAAGUGACCCAUGUCCAGGAUGAAGGUGAAGAAGUGUUAGCAAAUGGAGAGCAGCUGACACUAAAACAAAACCAAGGAGACUCGAUGGCACGAUCUGAAGGUGGGAGAGAACUGGCUGAGGUGGGGCUGGCACCACAGGGGGCUUGGAGUCAAAAGCAGGAUCAAGAAGGAGAGGUGAUGAAACUCCACCAGGAACAGAGCCAAAAAGGGGAAAGAGCAGAAGUGACAGAACUGCAGGAGAUGCAGGUUGAAGACCAAGCAGACCUGGGUAGGAUGGUGACUGAAGAGCAGCUGCAGGACCAGAGACAAGAGCAGGAAAAGUUGAAAGCAGACCAGUCACCACAACAGGAAGGUCAAAGAGACACAGAGAUGAGGCAGGAUCAAAAUGACGUCCACAUCCAAGAAGGACCCAAGGGACUGGUUGAAGAGCAACAGGAAGACCUGGAGCAAGAAGUGCCUAAGAAACGGCCACGAGAAACUCCAAAUUACUUUGUCUCUAUACCAAUCACAGAUGAUCAGAUUUUGGACAGAAUUGAAGACGUCCAAGAGCUUGUAUUCACAAAAGAGCCUGACUUACUGAGAGCUUUUCUUCCUGUUCAAACUAUGCACCUUACUAUAAUAGUGGCUCACCUGGCAACAGAAGAAGAAGUAAAAAAGGCUGUUCUGGCACUGAAGCAAAGUAAGGCUAAAGUUGAAGCCAUUUUGCAAGGUGAAGACCUUAUUAUGACAUUUCAUGGGAUUGGACAGUUUAACAAUCAAGUGAUAUAUGUGAAAAUGUCAGAGGAAAACCAGAAGAUGCUUAGCAGAAUUGCAAAAGCUGUGGAAGAAUGCUUUAAUGAAAUGAAUCUCGACAUUUCAGGGAGCAAAGAUUUCAAACCCCAUCUUACUUUUCUAAAGCUCUCCAAAGCACCGAGAUUAAAAAGAAGGGGCUUCAGGAAAAUUUGUUCUGAUCUGUAUAAAGAAUAUGAAGACAGCUUUUUUGGCACAGAGGUUUUCAGUCAAAUUGAUCUCUGUGCCAUGCGUAAGAAGAAACAGGAAUCUGGUUACUACUAUUGUGAGUGUUCAAUUAAUGUGGGAUCCAGAGGUACAGAAGAGAGCAAAGAGCAAGAAAUGCAGGCGGAAGAUAAGGGAGAAGCAAGCAGUGCAGACCCUCCAAGUAGUGUUGCAGGGACUGAAACAGGAGCAACUGCUGCAAGCUUUUACCUUGCCUCGCAUUCAGUAGCAGCUGAUGACAAACCAUCUGAAAAUAUUGCUGAGGUUUUAAUUGCAAGUAAAGAGAAAGAAAUCAAUGAGGUGAACGGACAGCCUGAAGCUACAGAUGAGACUUCUCUUGCAUCUGGAAAGAUCUGCUCAGAGUCAGUGCCUGCUCUGCUGCCAGUAAGACUAGAUGCGUUCCUGAGUGUGGAAGAGAAUCAAGAAAAAGCAAAGAUAACAGAUGAUAGACUGCAGAAAACUGAAGCAACAGAGUGUGCAGCUGAUCUGCCAACAAGUUCAGGGUAAAGCUGCUGUAGUCCUCAGUGAAUUGAGCCCACCCUUGGUGAUGGAAGGAAGGCAGCCACUGUGGUGCUUAGCUACACUGGGCUCGGAUGGGGCUAUGGAUGGUGGAUUAAUUUUUGGCAGAAAACAGACUUUAAGAGACUAAUAAAACAAAGUAGAA